ACAUUGCAUCCUCAAGAUGCAUCGGGUAAAAUGUUCAGGAUGGACAUGCCUCGAAAUAUUGGAAGGGUGUACAAUGAAGGAAAUGGAUAUUCAGAAACAGUUUUUGCUAAGCCCUUCUCUCUCUGAUUUCCAUAUUAAGGAAUCCAAUUAACAGAAGACGCUGCCCAGCAGGGAUUGUUUAUUUUAUAUUACAUAAUAUCGCAUCGCAUCCAGAAUGAAACAUGUAUGCACAAAAAAACUGUUCCUUUAGAAAUCCAGAAGCAACGCUACAUCACUUACUUUACCCUUCAAUCAACAUCCAGAAGGCUUAUUGGGCUGCCAUGCAUGUGAAUAUAUGCAUGUAGAUUUUCAUUAUUAAUGGGAUUACAUUAAGAGGAAGAAGGAGAUUGCACUGACAAGUCCUCGGUGGUAAAGCAGGUUGCAUGGUUGGUAAACGCGGCAUUGAUCUUGCUUUAAUAUUAAUGAGAUCAAUUGCAGGAAUCGACCGGCAUUGAUUUGGUUUGAACUGACAAAAACUUUUGAAAUAAGAAUUGCUAACUAGACGCAUUUAUUCGUAACUGCCACGAAGGAUAUCGUCGGAAGGAAGAGAUCGUCAGUCAUUAUUACGUUACGUUAUAUAACACAUGUGUGCAUAAGCAUGUCGCUGCUGGAGUACGAAGUCUAUGCAGCUAUAGAUUUGAUAUUUUGAUUUCAUCAGAGUCAAUAUUUAAAACUGUUUUGACAUUUUAGAAAUUAAAUCGGCUACUGUUGUUCGCUCUAGACGGAGGAUCGAGAAAUGAGAUUUUGGCUGCCAGAUAAAGAACUUUACAGCUACUGUGCGCCGCGUUGCAUAUACGACGAUGCACAAAUACUAAUAAGUUGUUGGGCUCUGUCUGACCACUCCAAAAAUAAAUUACUUUCUUAAAACACAGGUUAAUGAGUUAAUGAAAGGAAAAUUCCAUUGGCUUUUUUGAACUCAAUGCUUUAUCUGUUUUGAUUUUUGUUUAUGAGCAAUUAAAAUGCUUUCAAAUCGUAAAAGAUAAUUGAAUUUUUAAUGAACAGCAUGAAAAUCAAUACAGUAUUUUAUAAAAAUGUUUUCUUGUAUUCUUAUGUAUGUACAUGUUGCUAAAUAAAUUAGAUGGUGUCGUCUUCUGGUGGAGUAACAUUUACUUGGUUGAGGAGACAGUGCGAAAUUAAAUAUGUGGGUGUGUGCUGUUCAUGGUUUUGAACUUGAGAGUAUGUAAAGUACAAUGCAAAAAUCUAUGAAAAGUGCAAAUUUUUUUCUGGUGGUACAUAUUUUUUUCCUGGUAGCUGACCUGGGAGCUACAUAAUAGUAUGCAUACUUACAUCCAAAGCACGCGUUUAGUAACCACAAAUUCACAGCACAAUUAAGAAUGCCGGACCGGUUUUGAUUUUGAGACAUAUGCUGACCAAAGAAAGUAAUAUUUUUUAGCUGGUGGAAUAUAGAUACAUUAUUUCAUGCACAAUUUUUCAAAGAAGUGUAAUACGCAUAGUUUUCUUCUACGAAAGUAAAAAUUAUAAUGAACACACAGGGUAGAAAUGGGUCAUGAAAAGUCUAAUUAGCAAAGUCUGGUGGUUCUCAUUAAUAGUCAAAUUUUUUGCAAGAGCAGCAACGACGUAUGUAUGUGUCCUGGGGCUGCACAGUCUGGGAAAUAAUUCACCUGGAAGAUUCCAUUUAACCAUUAUGGCACUAUCCCAAAUUUCUAAAAGAUUCAUGAUUCGAAAUACAGCCAUUUGGUUUAUGACCAGGAUCAUUCGGUUAGAGCCAAACGGCUUCAAAGUUGCGUCAAAUUACAUUACAUUACUUAUGUUUUGCGCAAAAAGUUUAAUAAACGUUUCUGUCUGGAUUAUUAAUAUUUAAAUAUUUCUUUCCAAGGUGCUUCAUGAUUUAGUUGGUUGGCGAGGAGCCACUGCUAAAAUGUUAUUUAAAGAGCCUUUGCCUUAUUCCAUUAGGACGAAGUUGCAUUUGAGUGUCAUCCAGAGCAUUCUUCUUUAUGUCCAUGCUUCUACGAUUGCAUAACGACUAUGCAUCGUUCCAAAAACUUCCAGAGAAAUAAAGGCAUAUUAUGUAUACCAGUUGGCAAGAGGUUAACCAUCCUUCCCUUCACUCCAAAAUUAGAACAAAUGUUAAUCUACAUACAUUUCAUACUUUCAAUUUUUAAUGGCACGCGGGUAGAAAAUUGAUAUCUAUCCACAUGCACAUGUAAGUGUAUGAAACCAGUAAUAUUUAAAAUCACCAACUAGCAAUUAAUUAGCAGUAUAUAUCCCUUAAACUUAAAUAUUUCGAGUGCACAGAAUUGGUCUAAUGUGGAUGAAUUAUAUAUAAGUGACGAUACGUUGCUGUGCAUUAGUGUUAAUUAUAGGCCGUAAUUCAUUUAAAUACAUAGGUAUCAGUACAUACAUACAUACGUCAUCAGUACCAUGAAUCCGAAGGUGGAAUAAGAAAAUGCCACUCCAAGAAGUUGACCUUGCCCGAUGUUAGAUAUUGUAAAGGCGCAAGUAAAGUGAACAAGUUGUAGGAGUGAGCGAGACAGAUUUUAUUGCUAAUUAUGCCAUCCAUCCUGCAAAACUUACCAAUUUUUAUUACGCUUCUCCAACACAACUUGUAAAGUUCUCACGCUCGCCUACCAUCUUUACUUGCCUCAGUCCACAACUCUACAUGGGCAUCGGAUCGGGUAUGUGUAAUAACUUCGUAAUACAAUCAGUUUAAAAUGCUAGAUUUCUCUCCACAGUUCGUGAGUUGGUAUUAGUUUUACAAAUAAUUUUAAAAAUGACACCAUUUGUUUUUUCAUUACUCGUGGGGCUUGCGACACCCAGUGUGAUUGUCGCACAAAUUUCUAACUAUAAAGUUGCCCACAACAAUUAUCAACCAAGUUCAAGAUCCAGGAGACCCAAUUCUGACGACAGUGUUUUUAUUGAGGGUGGGAAAGACAACGUCGGAAUUCAAAGUGGCUCAAGUUGCCCAGACCCACUCUUUGGAAUCCCUUUCGUCUACUUUGAAGAAACUGGGAAAUGCUAUUUGGCUGGUUUAAAAGGACCGUGUCCCGAAAACAUGGUUAUGUUUCCUCAGCAUGGCUCACCUUUUGGAUUUUGCGAUUGCAACUGUGACGCUUACUUGGAAAACAAGUAUCAUGCUCCCAGGAGCUACUGCAGAGGUAUCACUGAGGCAGGCGAGGUCAGAAGUUUGGCUUAUGUCAAGCGAUGGGGAUCCUGUCAACCUUUGUUGGAACAGAGUAAUUGUCCGUCUGGAUAUUGGCUCGCUUUUACAAAUGACCCCAAAAAAGGACCCUUUUGCGAACGGGCCAUUUGUGAAGUUCUAACUUAUGAUUUAAAAUUUUACGACAAAACAUCUGGGAAAUGUGAACGUCUCGAAGGUGUGUGUCGCCAACCAUGGCUGUCUAACCGGGGAGCAAGUGAGGGGACGUAUCAAAUCCAAGAUUCAGAUUGGACCCCAAUAUGCGUUGUUGAAGAUGAAGAUUUUGGUCGUGCUCGUCCUGCGGGUAAUUUAGGAAAGGGGGAGCCUGGAACAGGAAAAGGUCAAGGAGCAGGAGUUCUCCCACUCAAUUGUCCACUGGGAUUUAGAUACAGUCGGUUCACUGGAAAUUGUGAGCAUAAAACGUAUCUGGGAAAUGGAAUUGGCUAAAAUAUGGAGAUAUUCUUCGAAUGUUAUUACAAAUUCAUGGGACAAAUAAAUAAUUUUCAGUGCACACGA